AUGGCUUCUGUAAAGGACGUUGCAACUCUUUAUCAAAAUCUUAAAACAGAAUGGGCGAAAAAACCACGUAAAUUAGACAAAUGUGGCGAGCUUCUAAAUAAAAUAAAGAUUGCACUCACUCAUCUUAGUUUCUUACCUAGUAAUAACGCUGCCGCUAACCAAAAAGAAUUGAUAUUAGGUCGCGAUGUUCUGGAAAUCGGAGCACAAUGGGCUGUAGCGACUAAAGACGUUAAGGCAUUUGAAAGAUAUAUGUCUCAAUUGAAAUGUUACUACUUCGAUUACAAAGAUCACCUUCCCGAGUCAGCCUUCACUUACCAACUGCUUGGUUUAAAUCUAUUAUUUUUGCUGGCUCAGAAUAGAGUUGCCGAGUUCCACACUGAACUGGAACGUCUCCCAGUCGAUGUAAUCAGAGCGGAUCCUUAUGUUAAGCAUCCAUUGGCUUUGGAACAGUAUUUAAUGGAAGGAAGCUAUAAUAAAAUUUUCUUGGCUAAGGAUAAUGUCCCAGCAGAGAGUUACACAUUGUUUAUGGACACAUUACUAGAUACUGUGAGAGGUGAAAUAGCAGCUUGUAUUGAAAAAGCUUACUUGUGUAUAUCAAGUACCGAAGCAGCGAGGAGGCUUAACUUACCUAAUCAGCAGGCAGUUUUGGAGUAUGGAAAGAAGCGUAACUGGACAUUGGGAGCUGAUAACUGUUACCACUUCAAUGCAGCUGAGGAAACUUGUAUAUGUGCUGCCGGUGUGUUCCCAUCAGCGGAACUGGCCGAACAGACUAUAGAGUAUGCCAGACAUCUUGAAAUGAUAGUAUAA